AUGACUAUUCAAAGGAAAUCUAGCGUUUUGGACAAUUUCGGCGACGUUUUCGAUCAGUGUGGCUUUAGGUUCCCGCAGAUAGGUGGCGGUUCUGUCCUCACGAUUACCUUGUCUCUGGGGGAGUUGAUUGCUCAGCUCCUGUGCCGCCAGUUGCAAGUGGUCUGUUUGGUUGAAUCGGAGACCGCGUCAGUUCUCGGAGAAGCUGUAAGCAUUCUUUCUAUGAGGUUUGAGGACUGCUUCAGAAGGAUGCUCAUGGCAAUAAAGAUGAGAACUCCAAUUUAUUUUGAACUGUGGCAUAAACGGGAUGGUUUGCGCUCCGGCAAGGCGUUUGAUUGCUGCUUUUUCAUCCGGUUUCGUUUAGAGAAGAAGAAGUCAGAGGCAAAACCCGGAAGCGCCGGAGCAAAUAAAAAGGAGACACCCAUGGUGCAUAGUCGGAGCGUUGAGAGGAACAAAGAAACCAUCCAGGAAAUAAUGAUGAGAGGGAGCUCGAUCAUGCUUGGCUAUUUGAAAGUUAAUAAUUUGGCAGGAAGAUCGUUUAGCUCAAGAGAAGUUUUGAUGUAUGUUGAGAAAGUAAGAAAGAAAAGUUUUGGUGUAAAUGAUGGCUCUGAAGAUUCAGAAUAUUAG